UUCCAAACGAAAGAAGGAAACCGGAAUGUAAAUAUAAAAGGCAAGCAACCCCCGACAGGCUCUUCUCCCCAGAAUUACAUCCCUUCACAAAUACACUCAGGAUUUGAUUCUUGGAGAGAAGAAAGAGCCGCCUCCGCUCCAAACCAAACCCUAACCCUAACCCUAAUUCCCAAAUUUCCUUUCGCUUUCGUUCUGUUUCGAUUGAUCCCCCCCAGAAACCCACAAAAUUCUUCUCUUCUCAAAUUUGUUUCUUGAUUCGAAGCCAGCAAGUUGUGAAUGGUGGAAAUCUUAAGCAUCAGUAAUUUCAUGCGCUCCCUUUUACAAUCAAGGGCGAGCGCUUUUCUCCCGAUCUCUGCUGCGUCUGCUUUCGCUUUCGGCUCCUGCAAGGAAGGCUGGUACUACCGCUGCCUCGGCGUCGACCCCUGAACCCCCUUCGUCCCAUAUAUCUCUAUAUUUCCUCUUUCUCAUCAACCUUUUUGAUUAUCGCACCGGAUUUUCAUUAAUCGCCGUCCGUCGGUUUUUUGAUUAUUUGAUUGAGAUCAAUAACUUGUUGGGAAAGAGGGACUCGGAAGUUUUUUAGAUUUUUUUUUGCGUUGGCUGCCUUUUUUGCUGUUGAUUAAUUGAUUUGAAUUCGAUUACGAAACGACGAAGAUGUUGCUGUACAAGCAGAAGAAGAAUCCGAACAGCGCCAAGGGCAACAGGCUCUUGAUCAGCAUCACUGUGCUCGGCAGCGCCGGCCCGAUCCGCUUCGUUGUCAACGAGGAGGAGCUUGUCGCUGCCGUCAUCGAUACCGCCUUGAAAUCUUAUGCGCGUGAGGGUCGCCUUCCGGUUCUUGGCUCCGAUCUUAAUGACUUCCUGCUCUACUGCCCUAACGCAGGACCUGAUGCUCUGAGUCCGUGGGACACAAUUGGAGCACAAGGAGCUCGUAACUUUAUGCUAUGCAAGAAGCCUCAGCCAGUGAAAAUGGAUAGCGAUGAAAUACCAGCGGCUGCAAUUACUCGCAAGGGUAGUGGGAGUUGGAAGGCAUGGAUCAAUAAGUCCCUCAAUCUCAAGAUCUCCUCCCAUUAAAUUAAUGGGGAAUGAGAGAGUUUUGUUUGAGUUAUUGGUGUUUGGUUCAUUAGUUAUAGAGCCAGCCAUAUCCUUUGGGCUGUAAUAUUUUCAAGUAUUUUGUUUUCGAAUAAAUUACAGAUUGGUUUGUUUGUUAUUUCUUUCCAUGGCAUUUUUGCCAAUGGCUUUUGAGGAUCUUCUAGUGAUAGUUGGAACUCGGGAGUUUGCUUGCAUUUGUUGUGCAAUGGUGGAAAUUGCACUGUACCUUUGAUUCGGUUUAGUUGCGUAA